AUGUCGCUCCAAAACGUCCUCAGAACCCUCAAAACUGUGAAAAUAACGCCCGCCAGACUCUAUCAAGAAUUCACAGAACUCAUCUCCACACCCCCAAAACCUCUCGAAGCCACCACCAUCACCCUCCUCUCCAACCUCAACCGCAACUCCCUCCGCUUCAUUCUCUCCGACCCCAAAUUCAGAACCUCCAAAUGUUUGCUUUUCUUCAACUUCCUCCUCAAAAACCAAUCUUUAAUCUCCUUCAAGAUCGACCUCCAUGCCCACUUGACCAUCCUCUGCAGGCUUCUCCAGACAAGAAAGUUCGACGAUGCCGAGGAAAUCCUCAGAUAUGUCUCCGUUGAUGAAAAUAACAGGUACCCUUUUCAUGUAAUUGCUUCUGCUGUUGAAAUUUGCUGCCUUGAACCUAGAGUUAGAGCCAAAUUGUUCAAUUCCAUGCUUAAAGUGUAUUCGGAUUGCGAAAAUUGGGACCGGGUUUUGGAGACUUUUGAUCACAUGAGGAAUAAUGGGAUCCGGAUUGAUGAGAGAACUUGUACUGUGCAUUUGGUUACUCUUAUUAGAUGUGAUGAGGUGCAAAAGGGUUUGGGUUUCUUGUAUCGGCUGCGCGAAUCGGGCACUGAGGUUUCGGUUUAUUCUUUAACGGUUGUGGUGGAUGGGUUAUGUAGGAGUGGGGAGAUUAGAAGGAGUAGAGAGUUGGUGGAGGAGAUGGUGAGGAGAGGGACUAAACCCAAUAUCAUUACAUUCAAUACAAUGGUGGAUGCUUGUGCUAAGAGAUGGAACUUUGUAGAGUUGGAUAGGGUUUUGCUUUUGAUGGAGAAGGAAGGAGUGGCGCUCGAUAUCAAGACGUAUCAGUUCUUGAUUGAUGGGUUCACAAGCGCAGGGAAGGUAGAAGAAGCUGAGAGGCUGGUUGGGGAGAUGCAUGAUAAAGGAUUGAAAGUGAACACUCAUUUGUACAAUUUGAUAAUAAGUGGCUAUUCUAGGUUGAGGUCUGUGGAUAGUGCGAUUUCUUCAUUUUGUACAAUGGAUGAGAGAAGUGUAGUCCCGAACGCUGAUACGUACUGGGCUCUAAUAAGGGGCCUUUGCAGGGCUGGAGAGACGGGACUGGCAAUGAAGUAUGUACUUGAGAUGCAGAGCAAGGGGUUUGAAUUGGACAGUGUUAUAUUGAAUAGCUUGAUUGAUGGACUUCACAACAAAGAGAUGAUUUAUGAAGCUCUUGAGUUGCAACUGUUGAUGGAGCAAAUAGUUUUGAAUGCUGAUUCAUCUGCGUGGAAAAAAAAGGUAAAUGGAUCACUUAAAUCGAAUCAACCUGAUCAGGCUGAGGAACCAAAAGAGGCUGUUGAAAAAUGA